GAGGACGAUCUCAACCGCCCAGAACGGAAGUUCCCGAAUCGUCAAACCCGCGGGGAAGCAACUCGGCAACGGACCAAGAUGGCGGCGCCCACUGAGGGACCACCGUUCGCCGGGGUUGUUGAAAAGAAUUGGGGCGCACUUGUUCGCUCCCCAGAAGGGACUCCCCAGAAAAUUCGGCAGCUGAUAGAUGAGGGGAUUGCCCCGGAGGAGGGAGGAGCAGAAGCGAAGGACACAUCUGCCACAUUCCAGUCAGUUAAUGGGUCACCCCAAGCAGAACAACCUCCUUUGGAAUCUACAAAGAAAGAAGCCUUCUUUAGCAGAGUGGAAACAUUUUCUUCUUUGAAAUGGGCAGGUAAGCCCCUGGAGCUGUCUCCACUUGUCUGUGCCAGAUAUGGCUGGGUCACAGUUGAAUGUGAUAUGCUCAAAUGCUCCAGUUGUCAAGCUUUUCUCUGUGCUAGCUUCCAACCAGCUUUCGAUUUUGACAGAUAUAAGGACCGAUGUGCUGAGCUGAAGAAAGCCUUGAGUACUGCCCAUGAGAAGUUCUGCUUCUGGCCCGAUAGCCCCUCCCCAGAUCGAUUUGGAAUGUUGCCGCUGGAUGAGCCUUCUGUGCUUGUUAGUGAAUUCCUAGAUCGUUUUCAAAGCCUUUGUCACUUAGAGCUCCAACUUCCUUCCCUGAGGCCUGAGGACUUGAAAACCAUGUGCUUGACAGAAGACAGGAUCAGUCUUCUUCUACACUUGCUUGAAGAUGAACUUGAUCACCGAACUGAUGAGAAAAAAACUGUAACCAAAUUAGGCUCAGACAUCCAAGUCCACAUCACUGCCUGUAUUCUCUCGCUGUGUGGCUGGGCGUGUAGUUCCUUCCUGGAGCCCAUGCAGCUCUCCCUGAUAACAUGUUCACAGUGCAUGAGGAAGGUGGGGCUCUGGGGCUUCCAGCAGAUUGAGUCGUCCAUGACUGACCUGGAUGCCUCCUUUGGCCUGACCAGCUCGCCCAUUGGCCCUGAGGGGCGGCCAGAGCGACUCCCACUGGUACCCGAGUCUCCUCGGAGGAUGAUGACUCGGAGCCAGGAUGCCACGUUUCCCCCAUGCUCAGAGCAGGCUGAAAGGAGCCCAGGUGCCAUCAUCUCCCGAACUCGGAGCUGGGACUCUUCCAGUCCUGUUGAGCGCCCUGACCCUGAGGCUGCUAGCCCCACUGCUAGAAGCCGCCCAGUGACCCGCAGCAUGGGGACAGGAGACGCUGCUGGCAUGGAAGUGCCGUCUAGCCCUCUCCGGAGGGCCAAGAGAGCUCGCCUCUGCUCUUCCAGCAGCUCGGACACAUCUUCCCGAAGCUUCUUUGAUCCUACCUCUCAGCAUAGAGACUGGUGCCCCUGGGUGAACAUCGCAGUUGGCAAGGAAACCAGAGAGAAUGGGGGCACAGAGGUAGAUGCCAGCACCCCGGCAGAGCCAGGCUGGAAGGCAGUGCUGAACAUCCUCUUGGCACACAAACAGUCUAACCAGCCAGCUGAAACCGACUCCUUGAGCCUGUCUGAGAAAUCAAGGAAAGUCUUCCGAAUAUUCCGACAGUGGGAGUCUCUGUGUUCAUCCUGAUGACAUUCCAGCCUCCCCUGGAGAGAAAUAGAGUGAGUGACUGAAAAACGAAGUCUGAAUUCCCACUCGUUCAGCAGAAGCGAUUUUCUCCAUUCUGGCUUAGUCGUAAAGUGCCCCUGUCCUUGUAACGAGUGUCACUGUCAGUGUCUGCAUCUGCCCGGGGGAGCCAUUUCUGCAGAGGACGUGACCAGGACGUGCUGCAGGAGCCUGGCUGUGUUAAAGGACGUGGGGCCGUGAGGCUGGAUGGGACCGACAGAGGACUUGCACGCCUACAGCACUGUGUGUGUGUGGUGGCAUCGGAGGGCUCUUAUGUCCAGGAAUUAUUAAUAUCGUAUGUUAAUAAAACGCUUGUUAGCAA